GAGUUUCCACCCGGACUUAUUUCACCGAAACACACAUGGCCAUGGCAACAUGUCCACCGAGUUGUGACACCGGUGAUGAAAAAGAGGAUCCUGGAGCUGCUCCUUACGGCAACUUUAUAAACUAUUAUACGUUCAACCCUCCGGAGAAUCGUCUGAGUUUGGUUCCGGCCUCUCUCCUCCACGAACUGGGUUACAGCGACGGCGAGGCGACGCUGAUCCUGGACGUGGGAUGUAACUCAGGGGAACUGAGUGUGGCCUUUUACAAGCAUCUGGUGCCGCAGUCUGAAGGGAACCAACGUAAAGGAAAAGUGUACCUGCUGGGAUUUGAUCUGGAUGAGAGCCUCAUUCAGAGGGCACAGCAGACCAACCCCCUGCAGGACAGCAUCACCUUCAUCCCUCUGGACAUCACUAAAAACGCAGACCAGCUGGAAGUCUACCUCAGUCAGCAUGGCUGCUCCCAGUUCCACCUGUGUCUCUGCCUGGCAGUCACCAUGUGGGUCCACCUGAACCACGGAGACUCUGGUUUGCUGCAGCUGCUCUCCCGCUUGGCCUCCAUCAGCCAGCAUCUCCUUCUGGAGGCGCAGCCGUGGAAGUGCUACCGCUCUGCAGCCCGGCGCCUCAGGAAGCUGGGUCGCUCCGACUUUGACCACUUUAAGACCCUUAAGAUCCGGGGGGACAUGGCGGAUCAUGCCAGGGAGCAUCUGGAGAAACACUGCGGGAUGGAACUCAUCCAGAGCUUCGGCAGCACCUCUUGGGACCGCAAGCUGCUACUCUUUAAACGGAAAUGACAUUGUGGGAACAAUAUUUUAAUCUGCAGCACAGAAUUAAAUUCAUCAGUUGAUUGGCA